AUGGAGCCCUACUCAGAAAACGUGAAAACUGUCAGGAGAAAUAAAGAGGAGAAGAAACUUCUCCGAAAGCAAAUCAAAGCCAGUCAUACUUUACUGAAGCAUGAGGGCAUAAGCACAGUAACACAGCCCACCAAGGUAAUAACUGCAGUCUUUGUUUUGCGGGAGAGUAAGCUAGUUUACGUGUUAGCUACUGUACCUAGCACCAGUAGCUAGCCGCUAGACGGAGCAAGAACAACACAUCUGUAAGUUAAGAAAGUAGACUGAACACGAAUACAAUAGCUAUAUACUGUGCAAUCUGACUAGGUAGCUGUCUGAGAAAAUAACACAGGCACGGUCUAGGACUGUAAUGCUAGCUAUAUUGCUGUUUCUCUGCAGAGCCUGGUGGUGGCUAACGGUGGGUUAGGUAACGGUGUGAGCCGUGAGCAGCUCCAGGACGUGCUGGGAGAGGUCGGCGAAGUGGAGACCCUGGUUAUGCCCCCACACAAACCCUACGCCCUAGUGACCUACAGGUCAGAGGUCAGCGCCCAGAGAGGACACGCCCUCAACGGACGACAGCUGCAGUGUGGGGACCAGAUUGUCACACUGUACCUGAGCUAUGUCAACACAGGUAAAUAGGUGUGUGUGUGUGUGUGUGUGUGUGUGCGCAGUGUGGGGGUCACCAUAGUUGAGUCAGUCAGAUCUGAAAGAAAAAUGGUGUGUGUGUUAUGCUCCCUGUAGUAAGUUGUGUUUGUGGAUGUUUCCCUGCAGUGGACAGUGGGUUGGGGGGGGGUGUGGACCUCCCCCCAGGGUUGGUGCUGGUUGAAGAGUUUGUCUCUCCGGAGGAAGAGGCUCUCCUGCUGGACGCUAUAGACUGGACGUCCCACGAUGAGGAUGUCACUGGUACUUUAAAGAUGCAUUAUUCCUUGUAAUAAUAAUAAUAAUAAUAUGCCAUUUAGCAGACGCUUUUAUCCAAAGCGACUUACAGUCAUGCGUGCAUACAUUUUUUUUGUGUAUGGGUGGUCCCGGGGUUCGAACCCACUACCUUGGCGUUACAAGCGCCGUGCUCUACCAGCUGAGCUACAGAGAUCAAUCAGUCAACCAAUCAACUAGUCACGAAAUGUGGCGAUGUCUUCAAAUGACGUAGACAACGCUGCGCACAUUUUAUAUAGAAAGAUCCUAAACGUCCCUUAUCUGUCACGAAUGUUGAAUAAAAUUAUAUUUAAAUUUACUCUGCCGAUUGACUGUGGUGUUGGUCACUCAGCUGGUCGAAAUUUGAGACAGAAUAUCCACAGGAAGGUAUUAUUAAACUGACUUCAAAACACGGGUCUAUGUGUGGCAAUUAAAAAAUAUGUUUGCUCAUAAUUGAAGGCACGUGCACAGGACGGAAGUACACAGACACAAACCAUGCAUACUAACCGAAAUCUUCCAGGUGUUUACAUGGUUUUGCGCCUGUGAGGACCAUUUCCAGAAUCAAACACUGUCACACAGCAGGUAGCCUAGCAGUUGAGAGCGUUGGGCCAGUAACCGAAAGGUCGCUGGUUUGAGUCCCCGAGCCGACUAGGUAAAGAAUCAGUCUGUGCCCUUGAGCAAGGCACUUAACCCUAAUUGCUCAUGUAUGUCUCUUUGGAUAAGAGCAUCUGCUAAAUGACUAAAACAAUUCCAGACGGUGUAUUACAAAUUCACCAUCUGGUCCCCAGGCAACCAAUCGACCAACUGUCAGUGCCUGUGCAGGUUUCAGUCACUGGGUAAUGAUUGUUGUUUGUCUUCCAGUGCAGAAAGCCCUGAAGCACAGGAGAGUGAAGCAUUAUGGUUACGAGUUUCGCUAUGACAACAACAAUGUGGACAAAGACAAACCGUUACCUGGAGGUUUGUGUCUGUCAUAUGAUCAUCAUAAUAGUGUAUGGUGUUACAGUGAAUGGAAUAUACUCAGUGGUUCCCUUGCUAUACAUUGAUGUUUGUGGUCUUGUUCCCAGGUCUUCCCCAGGUGUGUGUCCCUGUGCUGGAGAGGUGUGUGAGGGACAGACACACAGACAUCAUGCCAGACCAGCUGACUGUGAACCAGUACCAGUCUGGACAAGGUGAGUCUAAUUACAUCACAUCCAGCAGCUGUAGUACUCGCCUUGACCACACAGGUGCAGCGUGCUCUGCAGUCAUAAGGUAGAGGACAAUGAAGGUAGUGUCAAUGCUGCUGUAGAAUCAGACUGUAAAGUGUGUGGAACUGGAAAUGAACACAAUCCUCAUGUCAGUUAUUCAGAGGUUAUUUCUAGACCCUUAUACUGGUUGGUGUUUGGAUAACAUGUUAAUAGUGCUGGUGUUUAAAGGCAUACCAUUGAGCUUAUGGUUUAUUUGUGUUGCUGUUAGGUAUUCCUCCUCAUGUGGACACUCACUCUGCCUUUGAAGACCUCAUCCUCUCCCUAAGCCUGGGUGCUAAGGUACAUUUUCGAUCUGUUUUCAUUUCCUCACAGAAUAUUAAGUCUAUACUCUGUCCCCAUCCUCUCUCUUUCCCCACCCUUUCUCUGUCUCGUGGUCUCUCUCUCUCUCGCUCUGUCUGUCUCUCGCUCUCUCGCUCUCUCUCUCUCUUCCACUGCAGUGAAAAAGCUUUUCAGAGUUUCUGUGAGCGUGUUAAUGUAACAGCCUAAUUGAGAGGAUUGGGAAGUGUGAGUUUGCACGUGUGUGUAUAAAGGUUUUGCAGUCUAAUGGAGGGUUAGUUAUGUUUAAGACCUUUCUCUGCUGGAGAGGCCCUCACAAUGAUGUUUAGUAUCCCAGAAGACGCACACACACACAAACAAGUACACACACACAAACUACCGUGGAGAGUUACGUUUCAUAGACUGAGUUGAUGAUGCGUGUCUUUGAAGACUGUUUCUUUUUGUUAAUGGUGAAUUAAUGAAAUAAAUACAAAGACAGAUGUAGGAAAGAGAGAGAGGUCCCAAUGUUCCAUAUGUCUGUGUGAAGUUGUUCCCUGUCACAGCUACAAGACUGUCAGUACAUGACUGGUUGACGGGAGGGGGCAGCAUUUACUGCGACAUGCUGACAGGGAGGCUGCUUUAGAUGGGACGGGGUUAGAGGGGGGCGGCUUUAGAUGCGACACCUCAUCUGUUCCUCUGUGCCUGCAGUGCAGGGGUGCCAUUAGCAACAGCCUCUCUUACGACACAAGAUCAAUUACAGACAGACAGAGUGCACCGUGCUGCAUCUACGUGUCUGUGACAUAAUAAUAAGUAACUUCUCGAUGUGGAAAGGACGUUUUAUACCCAGACUGAUGGGAGAGAAGUGAACUGCCCUGAUGUUAUAGUGAAGUUGACAGCCUUGACUGAUAGGAGAGAAGUGAACUGCCCUGAUGUUAUAGUGAAGUUGACAGCCUUGACUGAUAGGAGAGAAGUGAACUGCCCUGAUGUUAUAGUGAAGUUGACAGCCUUGACUGAUAGGAGAGAAGUGAACUGCCCUGAUGUUAUAGUGAAGUUGACAGCCUUGACUGAUAGGAGAGAAGUGAACUGCCCUGAUGUUAUAGUGAAGUUGACAGCCUUGACUGAUAGGAGAGAAGUGAACUGCCCUGAUGUUAUAGUGAAGUUGACAGCCUUGACUGAGAGUUAAUUUGAUAUAAUAUAAAACAUAUCCUUGUCUCUGAAGCUGUGGUGAAGUGUUGGCAGUGUUGAGUGGAUCGGUUGUGAUACUGUAAUAGGUCUUUGUGAUGAAGUGUCUUGAGGGACGUCUAUGUUUUGUAAGUUGUAAUGAAGCAGUAGUCUUGAGUGGUUGGCAAUGUAUUUGUUUGUUCAGUAAAAAUAAAUAGGCAGUUGUAAGUGAUAGUUGGAGGCUUCUACUGCGUUAUUAUUUCUGACGUUGUAGUGCAGUAGGUUAUCUGGACUGAUAGGUUAAGCCUACUUGAGGAUAUCUUUGUUUCCUCUGCAGUAAUCAUUUAACAGGAAGUCGUCAGGCAAAGGUAAUGAAUCAGUUAACAUUGAGCUGUGUUCCUAUUCAAUUGGUGAGCGUGUGCGCUUGCGUGUGUGAUUAAUUGCUGAGGGUUGUAGCGUAGAGAAGCUGUCUGGUUCUGGAUUGAUUUGGUCACAGCCGAGCGGCUCCAUUGAUAGGGUGAUACUCCCCAGAGGAUCUGAGAGGAAGAAGAGAGCCCAGAUCGUGUGUGUGUGUGUGUGUGUGUGAGCAUGUAGAUGUCUAUAUCAGUAAAGCCUGUGAUUUGAUGGUGUAGAACGUUGUGAUCUUUUCCUGCUUUGUAACACACCGGUUCAGCAGUGUCUGAAAUUCCAUUAUAUCCUGUCACUCUCCUCAGUCUCUCCAUCUCUCUGUCUCCCUCUCGCUCCAUUUCUCUCUCAUUGCAGACGGUGAUGGAUUUCCGUCAUCCUGAAGGCCGCUCGGUUGCCGUAGUGUUGCCAGGGCGCAGUCUCCUGGUGAUGAAGGGAGAGAGCAGAUACCUAUGGACACACGGGUAAGAGAGAGAUGGGGAGAGAGAGAGAUGGAGAGAGAGAGCAGAGACCUAUGGACCCACGGGUAAGAGAGAGAGAUGGGGAGAGAGAGAGAGCAGAGACCUAUGGACCCACGGGUAAGAGAGAGAGAUGGGGAGGGAGCGAGAGAGGGAGAGACGAAGAUGGAGCGAGAGAUGGGGAGGGGAGGGAGGGAGAUGGAGCGAGAGAGAUGGGGAAUGAGAGAGAGAGCUGAUACCUAUGGACUCACUGGUAAGAGAGAUGGAGAGAAAGAGUGGGGGGAAAGGAAGAGGGUGAGACUAGUGAGUGUAGGGAUAGUUCAACCAAAUUACAAAAUGACAUCGGUUUCCUUACACUGUUAGCAGUCUAGGGACAAGGUAUGACAACAAUCCAUGCUUUAGGUUCAAAACAUCCAAAAGUAUCUCAAAUAUAUUAUGAAGCUCAACAGUCACAUAUAUACAGUGAGGGAAAAAGGUAUUUGAUCCCCUGCUGAUUUUGUACGUUUGCCCACUGACAAAGAAAUGAUCAGUCUAUAAUUUUAAUGGUAGGUUUAUUUGAACAGUGAGUGACAGAAUAACAACAAAAAAAUCCAGAAAAACACAUGUCAAAAAUUUUAUAAAUUGAUUUUCAUUUUAAUGAGGGAAAUAAGUAUUUGAACCCUCUGCAAAACAUGACUUAGUACUUGGUGGCAAAACCCUUGUUGGCAAUCACAGAGGUCAGACGUUUCUUGUAGUUGGCCACGAGGUUUGCACACAUCUCAGGAGGGAUUUUGUUCCACUCCUCUUUGCAGAUCUUCUCCAAGUCAUUAAGGUUUCGAGGCUGACGUUUGGCAACUCGAACCUUCAGCUCCCUCCACAGAUUUUCUAUGGGAUUAAGGUCUGGAGACUGGCUAGGCCACUCCAGGACCUUAAUGUGCUUCUUCUUGAGCCACUCCUUUGUUGCCUUGGCCGUGUGUUUUGGGUCAUUGCCAUGCUGGAAUACCCAUCCACGACCCAUUUUCAAUGCCCCUGCUGAGGGAAGGAGGUUCUCACCCAAGAUUUGACGGUACAUGGCCCCAUCCAUCGUCCCUUUGAUGCGGUGAAGUUGUCCUGUCCCCUUAGCAGAGAAACACCCCCAAAGCAUAAUGUUUCCACCACCAUGUUUGACGGUGGAGAUGGUGUUCUUGGGGUCAUAGGCAGCAUUCCACCUCUUCCAAACAUGGCGAGUUGAGUUGAUGCCAAAGAGCUCGAUUUUGGUCUCAUCUGACCACAACACUUUCACCCAGUUCUCCUCUGAAUCAUUCAGAAGUUCACUGGCAAACUUCAGACGGCCCUGUAUAUGUGCUUUCUUGAGCAGGGGGACCUUGCGGGCGCUGCAGGAUUUCAGUCUUUCACGGCGUAGUGUGUUACCAAUUGUUUUCUUGGUGACUAUGGUCCCAGCUGCCUUGAGAUCAUUGACAAGAUCCUCCCGUGUAGUUCUGGGCUGAUUCCUCACCGUUCUCAUGAUCAUUGCAACUCCACAAGGUGAGAUCUUGCAUGGAGCCCCAGGCCGAGGGAGAUUGACAGUUAUUUUGUGUUUCUUCCAUUUGCGAAUAAUCGCACCAACUGUUGUCACCUUCUCACUAAACUGCUUGGCGAUGGUCUUGUAGCCCAUUCCAGCCUUGUGUAGGUCAACAAUCUUGUCCCUGACAUCCUUGGAGAGCUCUUUGGUCUUGGCCAUGGUGGAGAGUUUGGAAUCUGAUUGAUUGAUUGCUUCUGUGGACAGGUGUCUUUUAUACAGGUAACAAACUGAGAUUAGGAGCACUCCCUUUAAGAGUGUGCUCCUAAUCUCAGCUCGUUACCUGUAUAAAAGACACCUGGGAGCCAGAAAUCUUUCUGAUUGAGAGGGGGUCAAAUACUUAUUUCCCUCAUUAAAAUGCAAAUCAAUUUAUAACAUUUUUGACAUGCGUUUUUCUGGAUUUUGUUGUUGUUAUUCUGUCUCUCACUGUUCAAAUAAACCUACCAUUAAAAUUAUAGACUGAUAAUUUCUUUGUCAGUGGGCAAACGUACAACAUCAGCAGGGGAUCAAAUACUUUUUUCCCUCACUGUAGGAUUUGAACAUGAUGCGCGAAAAAUGCUAAUAUCGAAUCAAUUUCUUGAGUAGGAUUUGUGCCAUAAAUGCUAAAAUGUUAGUAUGUGUAAACAGUGCCAUGGACACUAAACCAAAGCAUGGAUUGAUGUCAUACCUUGUCAAUAGACUGCUUACAGGGUAAGGAAACCAAUUUGUCAUUUGGGUGAACUACCCCUUUACAUUUGACAUUUUAGUCAUUUAGCAGACGCUCUUAUCCAGAGCGACUUACAGUUAGUGAGUGCAUACAUUAUUUUUAUUUUUCAUACUGGCCCCCUGUGGGAAUCGAACCCACAACCCUGGCGUUGCAAACACCAUGCUCUACCAACUGAGCUACAUCCCUGCCGGCCAUUCCCUCCCCUACCCUGGACGACGCUGGGCCAAUUGUGCGCCGCCCCAAAUGACUAUUUGGGUGAACUAUCCCGUUUUCUGUGGUUUUCCAGGAUAACCCCCAGGAAGUUUGACGUGGUGCCAGCCUGUGACCCAGAAUCCCCUGCUGCAGUGACCUCUGACCUCAGUAACCAUAGUAACCUCACCCUAAGUAGGAGGGGCACCAGGACCUCUCUCACCUUCCGUAAGGUGCGCCGCACACCAUGUGACUGCGGUGAGCUCCUUGAUUUGUUAAAAGCAGAUGGGAUUGAUGUGUCUCUGUGUUUACCUUUACCUGUGCUGAUCCGUUUGUCUCUCCUCUGAGCAGGGUACCCCUCGGGCUGUGACAGCCAGCAGCCUACUGCCCCUCCCUCGCCCCCCUCCCUCCCUCGCAGCCAGACUGACGCUAGCCGUCUAGAGGAGGAGUUUGUGCACCGUGUGUACGAGGAGAUCGCUGGUCACUUCAGCAGCACUCGACACUCCCCCUGGCCACGCGUGUGUGACUUCCUGUCUUCCCUAGAACCAGGAAGCAUUCUCGCUGAUGUGGGCUGUGGGAAUGGAAAGUACCUGGGCGUCAACCCGGAAGUGAUUGCGGUGAGGGAGUCUGUGAGGGUAGUUUAUAAAUACUAGCAUCUUUUAACACUAUCUAUGGAAGAGAGAGUGUCCUGUUUAUUGACCCUAUUGUUCCCUCUCGUCUCUCAAUUCAAUUAGCCUACCAUACAAGUUUUCAGACUUUUCUACUCUUUUACAGUUAUAAAUGCUACACAAUUUUUGUGAAAAUGUCUUAUUUGUUUAAAAACAUACAUUUCCUGUAUCUGGGUACUCAGUCUAGGCGUUAGAUAUACCAUUUAAGCUUUCAAAGUCUCCAAAACAAUCUCUACACAAUGUUUACAGAUUAUGGAAGCCAGAUGAGAAAAAAAAAACGUUUUGAAUGCUACACUAUAUUUGUUACAUUUUUGGUUAAAAUAGAUUAUUCAUCUUGAUUAAAACAUGCAUUUUCCUCUAUCUGGGUACUCAGACAAUGCUUUAGAUCAGGGGUGUCAAACUCAUUUUAGCUCAGGGGCCACAUGGAGGAAAGUCUAUUCCCAAGUGGGCCGGACCGGAAAAAUCAGGGUAUAUAUAACUUAAAAACAACAACUUCAGAUUGUUUUCUUUGUUUUAAUACGAUCAACAUACAACAUAAAGCUGGAGCCUGAGGACAGUGUGUCCAAAAUAGUACAAGCACAACAUCACUAUUAAUCAUAAAACACGUCAAGUUUAUUUGAAAAUUCUAAAAAAAAAAAAGAACACACAAACACACAAUGCCUCAGUGAUUAACAGAACUGUUUCACAGAUCACAGAACUAUAUCAGGGUGUCAUUUCUCAGGCAGAAAUGUAGAUAAAAAUAAUGAAAUCCUGUUCCCCAAACAAGUGCAAGAACCACAGAGUCAAGAAUAGGUUAAAUAUACAAAUAAAAUAAAAACAAUUAAAAACAAUAGCACAUCAACAUAAAAACAUAUAAACAUAAAGCUGGAGCCUGAGGACAGUGUCCAAAAGCACAACAUCACUAUUAAUCAUAAAACACCUCAAGUUAUUUGAAAGUUCUGAGGACAAAGAACACACAAACACACAAUGCCUCAGUGAUUAACAGAACUGUUUCAAAGAUCACAGAACUAUAUCAGGGUGUCAUUUCUCAGGCAGAAAUGUAGAUAAAAAUAAUGAAAUCCUGUUCCCCAAACAAGUGCAAGAACCACAGAGUCAAGAAUAGGUUAAAUAUACAAAUAAAAUAAAAUCAAUUAAAAACAAUAGCACAUCAACAUAUAAACAUAAAGCUGGAGCCUGAGGACAGUGUCCAAAAGCACAACAUCACUAUUAAUCAUAAAACACCUCAAGUUAUUUGAAAGUUCUGAGGACAAAGAACACACAAACACACAAUGCCUCAGUGAUUCACAUAAGUAUAUCACAGAUCACAGAACUAUAUCAGGGUGUCAUUUCUCAGGCAGAAAUGUAGAUAAAAAUAAUGAAAUCCUGUUCCCCAAACAAGUGCAAGAACCACAGAGUCAAGAAUAGGUUAAAUAUACAAAUAAAAUCAAUUAAAAACAAUAGCACAUCAACAUAAAAAACAUAAAUCUGAAAGCGUUGCUCAAACUCCCGUAACAGUCCCGUUAUUUUAUCUUUGAACCGCUUCAUGUCUGCCACAUGUUUCAGACAGGGGAAGUGAGCUGCAUCACCACCGGCAAGUUGCGUCUCCCACAAUGACAGCUUCAACUUGAAAGAACGUAUGCUGUCAUAAUACUGCGUGACAACUUUGUUGCGCCCUUGCAGCUGUUUGUUCAAGUUAUUCAGGUGCUCUGUAACAUCCACCAUAAAUGCAAGGUCCUGCAUCCAUUCUGCGGAAUGAAAUUCUAACACUGGUUUGCCCUUUUCUUCCAUGAACUGUUCAAUUUCUUCUCGUAAAUCAAAGAAACGCCUCAGCACAGCACCUCGGCUUAACCAUCUUACCUCAGUGUGGUAUGGCAGGCCAUAGAUGUGGUCUUUCUCUCUGAGAAGGCUGUCAAACUGACGGUGAUUCAGGCUUCUGGAUCGGAUGAAAUUAACAGUUUGGAUGACCACCUUCAUGACGUUAUCCAUCUUUAAUGACUUGCAACACAAAGCCUCCUGGUGCAAAAUACAGUGAAAAGUCCAAAAAUCACGUCCUCCAUUUGCAGAUUGCACUUUCUCUCUGAACUUUGUCACAACGCCUGCUUUUUUCCCGAUCAUUGAGGGCGCACCAUCUGUAGCCAGGCUGACAGCGCGGGACCAGUCCACUCCGAACAAAGUAGCUCAUUGGCUGCACGUGCUUGACCUACUUGCUCUGCCCCGGUAUAAACAGUUUGCUUGCUUAACACAAUUGCUAUUGCGCCAUCUAGUGGACGCAAUUGGAACAGCAGUUUAUUUUAUUGAAAAAUUGCAGCGCAUUUUUAUACUUUACAAAAAAACAAACAAAAAAAAAGUUUUUAUUUUUAUUUUUUUAUCAUCUCGCGGGCCGGAUUAAACCCGUUUGCGGGCCUGAUCCGGCCCGCGGGCCGUACGUUUGACACCCCUGCUUUAGAUAUACCAUUUAAACUUUCAAAGACUCCAAAACAAUCUCUACAUGAUGUUCCCAUCUUAGCGAAGCCUUGUGAAUGCUACUCUACUUUAGUGUAAAUGGAUUAGGCUACCUGCAGAGACUCUUCAACCCCUCAGCCAUUCUAAUAGUGAUAACUUCACUACUUUAAAUUGAAUGCAAAUGUUGACCAUUGUGUGUCUGUCUCUGUGUAUGAGCAAGAGUGAACGUGUGUUUUUUUGGCGAGUGUGUGUGUGUGUUUGUGUGACUCACGCAUGAUAAGACAGAAUAUAUGAAAUUCUCUUCCAGUCUUGCCCCAGACCCCUCCUUAUAGGCUAGAGCGUAUGACUCAUGAAGAAGCUUAAUUACAUUUCUCCCCCGAACAGGAGUUUUAUUCAAAAGAUUAUUACUGCUAUCAAUUUCCUUCACUCUCUCCUACUCCGCUGUGAGUUAUUGCAGCUGGCUGCUCCGGCUGUAAUUUGUCCACUGCUGGUUUUCAUUAUGUGGAGUAUGUUGGGUGACUUUGAUAAGGAUGUAAAGGUCUUAAUUAUUCUCUCGAUGAGGCGUGUGUAAAGGCAGGCCAGUAAUGGGGUUGGCUGGGGUCAUACAGGAGCUUUAUGGUCAGGAGUUGUGUCCAUUCCUCUCACUAUUUAAUGUCAAAACUGUGGAAAAGGAGUAAUUACUAAUCAGGAAGUUUAGAUUAAAAUGGAAGUGUGUGCGUGCGUGUUAUGGGCUAUAUGGACUAAUAAAGUUAUGUGUGUUUUGUAUCUCCUAUUUGUAGGUGGGCUGGGUGGAUUAAUAAAGUUGUGUGUGUUUGUAUCUCCUUCCUGUGUGUAGGUGGGGUGUGACCGUAGCAGUGCUCUGGUCCAGAUCUGCUCUGAAAGAGGCUUCCAGGCCUUUGUGUCAGAUGCCCUCAAUGUACCUCUACGCAGUGAUGCCUGUGAUGCCUGCAUCUCUAUUGCAGUCAUACACCACCUCUCCACACAGGUCACACACCGACCGACACAGACGCUUUCCAUUUUAGUGAUUUUAAUUCAACUUGAUUUAGUGAUUUAAUUAAUCUGUAUCUCACAUUGAGAUUGUCUUUCGUUAUCAAGCUGUCAGUGGUCAUGAACUGAAAAGAUCUUAUUUCAUGUUUAAUCAAGUGUAGUUGUUUAUCUGAGUUGUUUGUGUGUGUAGGAGCGGAGGCAGGCUGUGGUUGAGGAGCUUGCUCGACUACUGAGGCCUGGAGGACGGGCUCUAAUCUAUGUGUGGGCUGUGGAACAGGAAUACAACAAGCAGAAGUCCAAAUACCUCAAAGAGACCAGACAUGGUCCUACAGACGACUCCACGGACCACAACAACCAGGAGUCAAAGAGACUUACAGGCAAUGCCACAGACGCCUACAACACAGCACAGGAUACUUCAGGUAUAUCCAUGGGCUGCACCAAAGUCCACUGUGAGACAGAGAGUCCAGCAAAACUGAGCGUUCACACCAACCGCACUGCCUUCAACUCCCAAGACCUGCUGGUGCCCUGGCACCUCAAGGGUGGAGGGGGAGGAGGGUGUAACCAGAGGAGGGGAGGGGAUGAGCAGGGGGGACGAGGCUCCAAAAAGACUUUAAACCCUCCCACUGAAGCCCAGGCCCCUGCCCCCUGCCCUCAACGCUUCUCCCAGCCCAGUGUUUCACCGCUACUACCAUGUGUUCCAGAAGGGGGAGCUGGAGGAGCUGUGUGUCAGGGUCAGAGGGGUGACCGUACAGAGCAGCUACCACGACCAGGGGAACUGGUGUGUCAUACUGGAGAAGACUGGAGACAGAUAA